UUAAAGUGUGUGCUUGUAUAUGUGAUUUGAUUCAUAAAAUUGUUCAUUCCAUUGGGCGUUCAGGAGAGACUGCUCUCAUCGUGAUGAGUUGUUGUGCCAGCUUUAUUCCGCAAGUAGGUGCCAGAUAUCAAACAGAACUUGACGAGACGUUUUCAAAGUGCCUAACUUAAAUCCAUCACACUGGAUUUGGUUGAAGAAUUUAAAUCAUUUAUGCUUCAGAACAACUGGAAAGUGUAACGUUGAACGUUAUGAGUACCAAUAAGGGCACCGAUGAGACUGACCGAAGUGCGGUGGCUAAUGGUGACGAGAAGCAAAACAAUGCAGCAGCGCUACCGUCAGAAUUGGAAAAUAGGUACUCUUCCAUUCAAGAAACAUCUCUUUCAGUGACAAAUAAACUAAGUGUGUCGUCAGAUAAAGAAGCUAAUAAAACUACCAACUGGGUGAAAUUUGAUGAUGACGAAGGCGGUAAAAAGGAGGCAAAAGCUUUGCAACUUCCUUCCUCCAUUAAAUCAAUGACAGCGCCUGCAAAUGAAAAUGUGACACCGGCGGUACUAGCAACAGAAUCGGUUCACGUCACUGUUGAUUCAAGGUUACCAGCAACACCAAAACAGGGUACUGCCACAAUAAGUUCUAGUGGUUCAUCCAUGUUAACGGUAACGACUGCAGCGAAUACCAUCAACAAAACAUCACAACCGGCAGUCAUAGAUAUCCCAAAACAGUCAGUCAAUGUUGUUCAACCUAUCCAGUCGAUGCGCACAAUUGAACUAUCGACAGGUCGUGUUCGCGAGGGAUUUGCAAACGGCGAUGUGAUAGUGACAUUACUACCAACUAACACUCGUUGGCCGUGGAUAACACCUGCAGUAUUUCGACCAGAACUUGUGCCGGAGGAACUAAUGGCACAAGGUUUGACGCUUACUGUAGAAGAGUAUGUCCAUGCAAUGGAAACGUUGGUAAAUGAUUAUCGAUUUACCAUGUACAAUAUUUGCUAUAAACGGGUACUGGUCGUUUGGAUAAUGUUCGCUUUUAUAGUAUUAUUGGGCUUACUAUUUUCCGGCUUGGUUGGAAUCACACUAUUUUCGUUAGGAGUCGGAUGGCUCUUCCUGAAUGCAGCUGCCAUCUUCCUAUGCAUGUGGGUCAAGUUACGUUUGGCACGUGGACUUCAACGUUGUAUGGCUCGAGUGAAUAAACAGUUGAUACGACAUAAAAUUCUACUUGCCUUGGAUGACCGAGGUCAUAUCUCAUGCCAUAAAGUGAAUCUUUGCUUCAUGUACUUCGAACCUUCGCAAUGUAUCAGCUAUCUCAAUGAGUUUAUCGAACGAAGUGAACAAAACGGCAACACAAUAGAACCAGGCUGGGAGAGCCGACUAGACGUUUCCACAAACGAUAUUGUUAUACAAGGAGCCAACACAACACGCUUAUCUAGAAAGCAGGAACGUGGACUUCUACUAUUGCUGCGCUACGCCUCCCGUUGGGGUAACCAAUCAAUGCGAGGGCUAAUAGACGUAACUUCCGUUGAACCGGCACGCCAUUGUCGUCAGUUUCAGUGCCCUUGUCAGUAUAUUGAGUAUCAUCUUAAAUGCAAACCACGAGGCUACCCAUGCAGUUGCUGUGCAACCUUAACAGAUCCACACUUUCAAUACGCAUACUGAAACGCCUAUUGGAAUCAUCAUUAUAUCUGAGUGAUAUAUACCAACUACAAAGUGAAUUUAGUGCUACCAAAUGUUUGUUUUUACUUGAAAUUAUGGUUAGGACGAUCAAACUCUAUCUGUUUGGAUAUUACGUUGAGGCUACAUGAUUAUUACUAAUCCAACUGGUGAUAGGAAUUCUGAAUGUUACUUUGCGUUGAAUGUGGAUCUACCUGCACAAUUUUCAUAUUCUCUCUAAAGUGUAAGUUAGAUUAUCGUUUAUACAAAU